AUGGGCCGGCCCUGCCGGGAGACUUCAAUUCUGAAUCCUCCAACCUUUUACUUCAAGGGUUUCCUAAGGGAGGAAACAACAGGGUUAUUGGCGGGAUUUGGGGUUGCAAUUUGCAGAGAAGAGGAUGAUAGUUUCUUGUUUCAGAUGAGGAGAUCACUUCAUGACUCUGUCAAUACAGUUUUGGAGGCUGAGCUUAUAGCAUUGAAGCGAGGACUAACAGAAGCUGUGAGUUUGGGGAUCAAUCAUAUCACAAUUUACUCUGAUAAUUAUCAGAUUUUUGAAUUGGUCAUGGAAAGAUCCGCGCCUGAGGAAGAGAACAUCGCCUUGAUAAUGAAUGAUGUGCAACGUAUCAGACAACAAUUGACAUCUAGCAUCCCUAUUCUUGUGACUGGAAACCAUCAAUCUAAGUUAGGUUACAAGCUUGCAAUGGAAUCAAUAAACAUACCGUACAUACGUAUGCCUGCUGCUCAUAAGAACACUUGCGGUAUCUGUUUCAAUGAUAAUAUCAAAGCUGAGAAGAUGUUUUCCGUUGCAUUAUGCCGUCAUCAAUUCUGCGUGGAUUGCUUGAACCCACAUAUAGAAGUGUCAAAAUAG